AUGAAGACAAAGAGACAUAGUAAACCACACUUCGCCUUCCCUGUCGGGAUAAUCUUUUCUUUGUGUUUGCAAACAAGUGCAAACCAUACCGGCUAUCCUAGGGUUAUAAACCAAACCUGGAGUCCUAUCAGCCAAAACCUAAGUGGAAGCAGGAACAUAACAGAAGUCAACACAAAUUCUCCUCUGAGCACCAAUUUCAGCAGCAAAACAUCUACUUUUGAAAUGCAGACAGCUACCCUGCAAUCCUUAUCUUCAACAAGGGGCCAAAAUUCAACAUCUUCCCCUGCCAGAAGUGCUGUUUCUGCCAGUGGAGAAUCUAGGAAUACCAGCAAACCCAAGAAUACGAUGACAAAAGAAACAUGUGAAGACAAUAAGUCUCUUAUAUUGAUUUGCUUCAUUGUCAUAGCAGUACUUGUGCUUAUCUGCAUCUUCUUACUUCUGUUGACAGUGGUAAUAGCAAACAAAAUGUCAUAUCUCAAAAAAACUAAGCAAGGAAAACGUAGGCCCAGGAGCAACGGCCAUAUCCUGGCAACCAACAGUUUAUGGCCAACUGCAGCAGGAACAUGGCAGCGGAUGCCCAAGGAGACAACUGGAACCAACUUGGUAAUGCAAGAUUUCAUAUCGGGGAGAGAUGCUGUGAUCCAAAGCAAAACUGAAGACGAAGCUACUGAGAAACUCACAAAAGAAACAGAUAAUGAACAGGAAAACAAAGGUCCAAAGUUACACAAACCCAUUUUAACCAAUUUUGUAGUUGAGAUUUAA